AUGCAGGCGAAAAAAUUCAAUAAUGUCAUCACUCAGUAUCGUACAACAUUGGCCCGGCAGCGAUUACACCGGCUUCAACAGUCCUUGUACAUUUCAUCGACUCGUUUGAACUGGUUAUCGAGGUGUCCACGUAGAACUACAAGCCGCAAAAUAUGUUAA